CGUAUAUCCGCUCUCUUUCUCCGCCAUCUUAUGUCGCCUUUCCAUUGUUCAUUGAAGUUAGCAGGGGUGGCGGAGCUAUUUACUGCGCAUUAAAACAUUUUCGGGAUAUUGUUCAGUUGACAUCAGCAAAAUACGGGAAAGGAGCAAGAAUCCAAGGUCAUCAUAGAAUACGACACACGUGGAUUUUUCGCUCAGGGUUCGAGCUCACACCUCGUCGGAAAAUAUGAUGGACGACGAACAACCCAAGACUCUGUAUGUGGGGAACCUGUCCCGGGAUGUGACCGAAGCCCUCAUCAUGCAGCUGUUCGGCCAGAUCGGACCCUGCAAGAGCUGUAAAAUGAUAGUAGAUACGGCAGGUAAUGACCCCUACUGCUUUGUGGAGUUCUACGAACACAGGCACGCUGCCGCGUCGCUCGCAGCCAUGAACGGUCGUAAAAUAAUGGGUCAGGAGGUCAAAGUGAACUGGGCCACAACCCCUAGCAGCCAGAAGAAAGACACAAGCAAUCACUUCCACGUUUUCGUCGGAGACCUCAGUCCUGAAAUCACCACGGAUGACAUCAGAGCUGCUUUUGCCCCCUUUGGGAGGAUAUCUGAUGCCCGGGUGGUGAAAGACAUGGCGACUGGCAAAUCUAAAGGCUAUGGCUUUGUGUCCUUCUUCAACAAAUGGGAUGCAGAGAAUGCCAUCCAACAGAUGGGAGGUCAGUGGUUGGGAGGACGGCAGAUCAGGACCAACUGGGCCACCAGGAAGCCCCCUGCGCCCAAAGCCACCUACGAGACGAACACAAAGCACCUGUCGUUUGAGGAGGUAGUGAACCAGUCCAGCCCCAGCAACUGUACCGUCUACUGUGGAGGAGUCACUGCAGGGCUUACAGAACAACUGAUGAGGCAGACCUUCACCCCCUUUGGUCAGAUCAUGGAGAUCAGAGUUUUCCCAGACAAAGGCUACUCGUUUGUGAGGUUCAACUCCCACGAGGGAGCGGCCCACGCCAUAGUGUCAGUGAACGGGACGUCCAUAGAGGGUCACGUGGUGAAGUGUUACUGGGGGAAGGAGACCACAGACAUGGCCAGCCCCAUGCAACAGGUACAGGUGCCUCAGCUAACACCGCAGCAGAACAAAAUUGGCUUUGCAGCGCAGCCCUACGGCCAGUAUGCCCAGUGGUACGGUAACGCCCAGCAGAUUGGCCAAUACGUGCCCAACGGAUGGCAGGUGCCGACCUACGGAGUCUACGGACAGGCCUGGAACCAGCAGGGCUUCAAUCAUUUACAGGCGGGUGCAGGGUGGACGGGCGUUGGAGCGGUCAGUAAUGGCGGCGUGGUGGAGCCUGGACAGGGAGUCAACGGGGCGGUACUGGCCAACCAGUCCGUCAUGGGCACCGCUGGCUACCACACCCACUGAUCAGCGCCGGCCCGGCAGGCCAGCGUCAGCCUCCUACCCUCCACCACCACCACAGGGAUCCUACACACGGGGCGGACAUGUUCCCCCGUCUUUUACAACACGAUUUAAGAACUCUAUGGCGGGGAGUGGGGAUGCGUGAUUCCACCUCUUCCUGUCCAGUCCCCUAAUCCUGGUUUUUACAUGUAAGUUUAAAGGAGGAGGAGAUAAAGCUUGUGUGUCAUCCAUCGGAGGUGGAGCGUUUCCCAGUCCUGGGAUAUAAGAUACAUGCAUAUAGAUAUAUGCACACAAACACACACCCAUGUCCACACACAGACACACACAUACCCUACAAAGGUCUUUGGCCCCGUGUCAGAUUGAUUGACUCAAGAAUCAGAAAGGACUAUGCCAUUUUUAAUUAAAAAGUACUAUUAAAUAAAUAAAAUACACGAUAAAAAAAUAAUAAACUGCGACGACUUUUGGAUUUGCUUUUUCUUGUUGGUUUGUUUCAGAACAAUUUCAACUGCUGAUAUCGUUUAAGAAACGACGCUUUGCCUGUUUUUGUUUCGGGACUGUCAUUUUAAAGAAAUGUUUAUAGCAAUGACACCAAUGAAUCAUGUGAAAUGUAAGAACCUUUUUUGUUAUUUGUUUAUAAAAAAAACAUUUUUUUUGAUCAAA